AUGUUUGGAUUGGUUAGUCCUGGAAGACCUUGUUAUGCAAAUUUUAAUCAAGUGGGUGAAAAUCGUUGGUUUAUACAAAUACCUGAUAAAGUGAAUGGACAAUCGAUAUCGGAGUUGACGAUUUUUGCAUUGCCAAAUGUUGGAAUGCCUCCAUUAAGCCACGGAUUUACAAUUUAUAUUUCUAAAGAUUCAAAUAAUUGGGAAUUUUUGGAUUUCUUGACAAUUGAUAAACCAAGUACACAUAUUCACGUUCCUUUAUCCUUUGAUUCAUCAUCAAGUGUUCAAUCUGCUUUCCAAGGAAUUAAUUAUAAUAAUAAUGUUGAUCAAUUAUUUGUUGGUAUUUCCUUAGAACCAAUUGAUACAAUUAAUAAUUUGACUUGUAAUGCUGUCGGAAAACAACAAAUGGAACAAUCUCAAGUUCAACAAUUAGUCAAGGCUAUUGCCAAUGAUUUAUUCAAUUUCAUGUCAAGCUUUACUAAGCCAUAUCAAGUUAAUGAAUCAGGUACUAUGAGAGAAAUGCUCGUUUUGCCAACCAAUAUUCUAGAUACAUGGUUACAAAAGUUUUUAAACAAACUAAGACUUAAUCCUCAUUGUAAGUAUUAUGAAACUAAUAUAUUCCAACAUCUUAUUAACUCAAAUUGUAGUCUACAAACAACAAAAUUAAUGUAA